AUGCACGCCUCCGUUCAGGAUUUAGAAAUAUGCAUCAUCGGUGCAGGGAUCGGCGGUCUCACCACCGGUUUAUCGUUGGUCAAGAAGGGAUUCCGCAAUGUUCAGGUCUUUGAAAAUGCCCCAGCGCUGGGUUUUGUCGGCGCGGGCAUUCAAAUGGCGCCAAACAUGGCACGGAUCCUUACGGACCUGGGAGUUUGGGAGCCAAUAGCAGCGGAUGGAGUGGCAAUGGAAUUCUACAGUAUUCGAGAUGGUGCGUCGGGGAAGAAUAUGGGACUUGUGGACUGCAGGAAUAUCGAAACCGAAUAUGGAUUCCGUCAGACUGGUGGGCACCGAGCAGCCUUGAUCGAUAGUCUCCAUGACGCAUGUGUGCAAAAUGGAGUGAAGUUCAAUUUUUCCUCCACCGUUGACGCAUCUCUCGAGUUCACCGAUCGACCAACAUUUUCGGUGACUACCGGCGACGGUGAGCCAUUUCAAGUACAAUGCGAUAUCUUGCUCGGAGCAGAUGGCAUCAAGUCCAAGACUCGGCAGGCAAUGCUCAAGAACUUGAACGUGGAAGCCGGAGUCAGAGAGACCGGACAGGCUGCAUACCGCAUCAUGUUGACCCGCGACCAGAUGAAGCAUGAUCUAGAGCUUCUAGCUCUUCUGGAUGGAGAUCAGACAAUCCGAUGGAUUGGGGAGAAGCGCCACAUUGUUGCAUAUCCCAUCUCCCAGCGAAGCAUCUACAACAUCUCCACAACCCAGCCUGACGUCAAUUUCGCAGCUGCGGCCUCGGCAACUUAUACAACGAAAGGUUCCAAAUUAGCCAUGAUGUCUGUAUACGGGGACUUCUGUCCUCUCGUCUUGAGGAUGUUAGAUCUUGCACCCGAUGAAGAGAUCGUUGAAUGGAAGUUGCACGUCCAUGAUCCUCUGCCCACAUGGGUUCAAGGGUCUGUUGCUCUGGUCGGAGAUGCCUGCCAUCCGACUCUGCCCCAUUUAGGUCAAGGUGCCGCCCAGGCAGUUGAAGAUGGUGCUGUUCUUUCUAUUUUCCUGUCUGCGCUCCCUGACGCAUCCCCUAUCAACAUCAACAAAGCACUCCUGGCUUAUGAAAAGGCCAGGAAAGUGCGAGCGGAAACUCUCGUUGGACUAGCCGCAGAGUCAUCUCGCGAACUUCACCUGGGAGCUGGAAAGGCCCGUGACGAGCGAGAUCGGGCAUUUGCAGCGAUGAAGACUGGAGUUCCUGGAAAGGUUCCGGAUAAGGUGAUGGAUGUGGACGUUCACAGAUUCACCUAUGGAUUUGAUUGCAUGCAGGAUGCGCGGGAAACGAUCUCAACUGUGUUUUGA